GCUUUGAGAGUUGAGACGUGGGCAAAACCCGGAAACAUGGACAUAUUUGGGGGCGGGAAUGCAAGAUUGUUUUUGGUGAUGAAUACAUAGACACAGAGCAUAUGUAUGUAUGUAAUUCUAAUUUGUCAAUGGCGGCUUCGAGCGAAACAUUAGCACUGUCUAAAUGGGGAGUAAUCUCUAUUACACUAACCCUAGCAACUCUCUCUGUCUCCACAGCAAUCUACGUUUAUUCAUGGACAAAAAAAUCAAGACAAGUGAAUUUAAAGCUUCAACAACUUGAGGUGUCUUUGAAGGCUUGUUCGGACAAGUGUGCUGCUGAGAGACAGGGUCGUAUUAGGGCUCAACAGGAUUUGAGAAAGGCACUACUUCAGUCUAAGUCAGAGAAAUCUGAGUGGACGUCUUAUCCAAUGUCACCUAUUGCUACUAUCCAGUCAUGCUUCUCGACAAGGAAUGGCGCCCCUAGGCAGCCCUUACUAGUGCCUCUUGCUAGGGCUACCUUAGUAUUUGAUUCAGCUCAGGCUCCUCCAGCAUCUCUUGAGGGACUUGAGGAGUAUUCUCACUGUUGGAUUCUCUAUGUCUUUCAUCUAAAUACAGAUCUCGAAAAGUUAUGGAAGCAUCCAUCUAGGUCCAAGUUCAAGGCAAAGGUAAGAGUGCCAAGGCUAAAAGGUGAAAAGAAGGGAGUUUUUGCUACAAGAUCUCCGCAUCGCCCAUGCCCUAUUGGACUUACCGUGGCAAAGGUGGAGGAAGUAAAGGGGAAUAUGGUUCAACUUUCUGGGAUAGAUCUAGUUGACGGGACGCCUGUCCUGGACAUCAAACCGUAUUUACCAUACUGUGACAACAUUGAAGGAGCAAAAGUGCCGAAGUGGGUAGAGGUCGAUGAUCUAAUUUCUGUAGCUUCAGUAAACUUUGCCGAUGGAUUUUUCACCAGCCUCACUGAUUGUUGGACAAACUUAGAAAGAAAGUCCCUCUAUGGAUCCCCUAACGAGUUUAAAAACUUAAUCAGGCAGGUGCUCUCAUGGGAUAUACGAUCAGUUUCACAAAGAAAUGCACCUCAUGACUCUCAGUUAAUACAACAAAAUGGUAGUACAAUUAAUAAUAGUGAUGUGAGCAAUCACCCAGAGGACGAAUCUAAUGAAAGCAGCAUGGAUCUUUCAUCAAACGGUGACAAAAUUUAUCACCUAAUUCUAGAAGGCCUCAAUGUUGCUUACAAAAUUGACUGUGAGAGCAAUGUUUAUGUUCACACAGUUACAUCCUCAAAUGCAGUAAGGAGAUAUCCUACUGAUCCUCAAUUGAAUGUAGUUUAACAUAGGCAUUUUUGAACUAUCACAUUGUAUUUUGUGUACCUCAACUUUUGUGCUUGUACUAUCUGUACCUAAAGGGACAUAACAAGGGAACAUAUGGUUCAAUUUGCUAAAGCAGGACAACAAUUUUCAGAA